AUGGCUGAUGAGAGGCGAGACCGAGACCACGCCGCAGACGACGUUGUAGAAAACCCUAGCCACCGUCAAAUCAAACAAGCAAUUGUUUCUAUUGAAGAUGGAGAUUUCAUCAGCUCUAUGCCAGAUGAGAUCCUCCACCAUAUUCUCACCUCUAUUCCCACCGAUCUCGCCAUCACAACUUCCGUCUUGUCCAAACGCUGGAGGCAUGUAUGGUGCGAGACACCUUGUCUCUACAUCAAUAAUUUUAGGUCUCAAGCGAUAAACCAAACCCUAACAUCCUACAGGGCUCCCACAAUCAUGAGUUUCAAUCUUCAUAUAUGGGUCGAUCACACUGCACCCCAAAUUGAAAGCUGGAUCGCGUUCGCUAUGUCCCGCAAUGUACAGAAGCUGUCUCUGACCUUCGGUAUUAGUCUCCCAGAUGAAUGCUACAUUAGCUUCCAAGAUUACUUCUACAUUAGUUCCUCUCUAGAGCAACUCAAGGUGACCUCUAACGAUAUAAUUCCCAGAUGCACAGUGUCUUGGAAAUCCCUAAGGAAAUUGUCAUUGAUUAGUUGUAAAUUUGGAGAUAAAUCCAUUGCAAAUAUUCUCUCUGGUAGUCCAAAGCUCGAAACCUUGAGAUUGUAUGACUGUGAUUCACUUCGCCGACUUGACCUGACUAAGUCACCGAUUCUGAAAACAUUGGAAAUAUUUGGCAGUCUCAGGUAUCAGAAUCGUGGACCAGUCGAGAUUAUAGCGCCACACAUCCGUUAUUUGAAAUUGAUAAACUCUAGUCAACCAUGUACUUUAGCGAAUGUCUCAUCUUUGACCGAAGCUGACAUUGACAUUUGCACUUACGGCUCUUUUGACGCUGAUUUUGUUCAAACCAUGGUGCUCAAGAUGCUACCAAAGUUGCAAAACGUAGAGAGAAUUACUCUUAGCAGAAGCCUUCUUCAGAUUCUCUCACUCGCCGAGUUCCUUGGUGUUCAUUUCUCAACGCUCAAGGUCCAAAUUUUGAUUGUUACAACAAUACUUGUCCGAUCUGUUGUUCCUGGUAUAGCAAGGUUACUACAGAACUCACCUGGAUUAAAGAAGCUAAUUCUACAUGCAACACACAGCUUCAACAUACCGGAUAAGAAUUUCAACAGCUACAUGAAUUUACUAGGCUUGGAUCCGGAUCAAUGUUGGAGUUCGAGAGAUAAGGCAUUUCCUACCACACCAGAGAUCAAAUCGACUUUAGAUUUGCAGAGUGUAACGCCUGACCUCUUGGCUUCGUUCAUAACAUUGGUGCUGAGAAACGCAAAGACGUUAGAGACGGUGGUUGUACUUCUAGAUAAACGAUGCUACUCUGACGAUGCAAAUUUGUUUGAAGAGCUGCUUCGGAUGGCUCGAACGCUUUCUCACAACAAUAAUGUCUCUAUUCUGCUCAAACGAGGCCAUUGGUAA